UCCCCUCUCUGCAGAAGAAGGGGAGCGAACGUCGGCUUCUAUGUCAGCCCGGCUCUUAUCAUUCUCCCAAAGUUCCAGAACACCCAACAAUCCCUCUAUUACGAUCCCCUCACUGCCAUUAUCUCACAAAGACAAAGGAUUCGCAUUUUUCUUUUCAAAGGGAACCUCUUACAAUUGGAGCACUGGCUAUUGGACUAUGGAAAUUGCUCGUUGAUGUCGAGGUCAUAUAAAGGUGAUUCAGAACCAUAUGGAAGUAGUGAGAGACAAGACGAAACUACCAAAAAAGGGCUGUGUUUGUUGGAGCUAAGACGCACGGGGAUGGUGCAGUGGGGUGUCUGUGGGCCAGUUGCUUCUGUUGAUCAGAAUGAGGAAAAUAACCUUCAAGUUUCAUCCUCCAUUGUCAAAGAAGAGCAGAAGGAUGAUGAGGAAGCUGUGGCAGCAGCAUCUAUUGUGCCAUCCAAAUUGCAGAAGAGGAGGCGCCUUAACCUCUGCCAAUUUAAAGAAUCUAGAGCUUUCAGAUGUCUGAGGCAAAAGCAAACUAGCAAUUUUAAGCAAGUUAAGCAUGAGAAUUCCAUUCCUUGCAAAAAAGAGAAUUCUACAUCCAGGAAAAAGGAGAAUUUCAUAGACAGAUGGUCCAAAGAGAGGUAUAAGCUGGCAGAGAAACGUAUGUUGGAGGUCAUGAAGGCUGAAGGGGCUGUUUUUGAGAAACCUAUUUCCCGGCCAGUACUGAGGGUGGCAGCUCGUAAACACAUUCCUGACACUGGACUCUUGGACCACCUACUGAAGCACAUUGACGGUAAAGUGGCACCAGGUGGCAGUGAGCGGUUUCGCCGGUGUUACAAUACUCAAGGGGUGAUGGAGUAUUGGCUGGAGAGUGCUGACCUGGUUAAAAUUAAGCACGAGGCUGGGGUGCCAGAUCCAAAUUGGAUCCCUCCAUCUUGGUUGAAGCCUGGUGGUGCUGCUGUUCAAGAGCCUGUUUCUGCUGGAGAAGUGACACUGCUUAAAGAGGAAUUAGCAAAAUUGAAGAGGGAUAUGAAUGAACUGUUAUUGAAGAAUAAAGAGCAAAAUCGAGUUGAUCCUGUUGAGGAGAUGCACAAGGAAUUGAUGAAAUGGAGAAGUAAGACUGAUCAAAGUCUGAUGGAGAUUUCAAGUUCGUUGAGUGGCAUGCAGGACAUGUUUCGGGACUUGAUGAAGUGGAAGUCCAAAACUGAAGAACAGCUUAUGGAAAUUUCAAAUUCAAUGAGCAGUAUGCAGGCUUCAAAACAAUGCACCAUCUUCAGUCCAACUUCUGAAAGAUGGGAAGAUUGGUUGGAGAGCACCACCUUGGAUAAUAUUCAGGGUGAAGAUUUUGCACCGUGGUUAGGGAGUACUGAUCUAGUUAAUGUUGGUCAAGAUGCUCCCCUGCAGGAAUAUUCAGCUCCACAACCUGGCUUAAAACCUUGUGAUAGUCCCUCUCGGGAGCCCAUUUAUGCUAGAGAGCUGGAAGUGCUCAAGGAAGAAAUUGCGGAAGUGAAAAGAUAUGUGCAAGCUCUGCUACCCAAGAGGGUGGAAGAUGCUCAAGCCAGUGUCACCCAUGAUUCAUCUUCUACUAACAAUUUGAAUUUUGAUCUUGACAAUCCAUUUCUUCUUUUUCAGAAAAUGUUCAAGGAGCUGGUGAAAUGGAAGGCUAAGAUGGAGGAACAGAUGUUGGAGAUAUCGAAAUCUGCUAGUAGUUUGCAGGCAUCAAAGCAAUAUACUACCUGAAGCACUUGAAUGGAAGUUAAAAAGGAUAGGAUAGGUCGUUAGUUCUUUAGCUUUGGAGAAAAGUAGUUUACGUUUAGAGUAGUAGGAUUAGAUCUUGUACAGGUUUUACAGGCUGAAAUAUAAGCUCCUGCUGGUUUUAAUUUAUCAAACUAUUGGAAAGCCAUUUGAUGAAACUUACCCAAACCUUAACUUACAUAUGAGCUGCUAAUUUGGUUUUGUGAUCUCAGGCCAUGGAUGAAGUUGUUCAAAGUGGCUUUUUAUUAGUUGAGCUGACUGGAUGACCUUAGCCGUGUUUAUUUUGUAGUUUUAACCCCUUUGAUAUUGUAAUCUCAUAUAUUUUAUAGUGAUAUGCUUCACUGGAUUUUUUACGA